AGUCGGUUGCCAUCAACAACGGUUGAAAACAGGUGAAGAAAAAGCGGGCUGUCAUACUUCAGAUCUACACAUACGGUGCACGUUUGUAUCACGCGAAAAACAACAUGCCAACCAAUCCAGAUGAGCCUUACUACUGCUCCCAGCAGAUUAACAUUCCUCCCGAGCUGCCUGACAUCCUCAAACAGUUCACUAAGGCUGCUAUCCGAACACAGCCCAAGGAUGUGCUGGCAUGGUCUGCAGCGUAUUUCCGGGCAAUGUCCAAAGGUGAGACUCCCCCAGUGAAGGAGAGGCUGGAGAUGCCAAUCGCCUCCCAGAAGACAGAUACAGGCCUCACGCCAGGAUUGCUGCACGUUCUCAACAGACAGCUUGGGCCAAAGAAGUCCGUGCCCCUGAAUGUGAUUGAGGAAAAGUGGCUUGACCUUGCCCUUCCCAAGGAACAGUUUGAUGACUUUGUCAGGAUUGGAAGCUUUGGUGGAGAGGUAGAAUGGAACAAGUUCUUUGCCUUGGCAGCAUCUGCUCUGGGAGAGAACAUUAUGAGUGCCAUGAAGACGGUGUGUGAGAUCCUGACAGCGGACCCAGAGGGUGGUCCUGCAAGGAUUCCCUUCCCACUGUUUAAGGACCUGUACACCUACCUGGCCCAGAUUGAUGGGGAGAUCUCACAACAACACAUUAACGACGUUAUCAACCACCUCCAGUAUGAAGUAGACAAGCAAGAAGGCUAUGUGAUGCCGAGGAACUUCACCAGUCCGGACUGCCCCAAACUGUCUUGAGGAAUGUCAUCAUCCUUGAUGUUCUGCCAAUUUGCCAUCUUUCUCUCUGUCUCUGCUCAGUAUUCCUUACUGCUGUCUUGUGUUUAAUUAGCUCAAUUCAAGAAACUAAGGCUCACUCUCCAACUUUCCACCUACCAAAGCCCUUCGUGCUCACGCAAAUCAACUUACAGUAUGAUAUUUUUGUAAAGCUUGUGUGCAAGUGACUGAGUCAGUCCACUUGUUUGUGAUAUCUCUGUUGUAACACUGGCUCAUUAGGGAGACGGUAUUGUCAGGAAGGAAUGUUAGUUAUGAACCAAAAAUGUAGAACGCAAAACAUUUGGUAUGUGAUACUCAUUUUGAAGUAUUUGAAUUAGGUUUGAGUAUUGAAUUUCUCGUAUCUUCUCAUUGCCUUUCACCAGUGAUUGUGCUAGGGUAUUAUUUCUAUCCCAGACAGAAUUUUAAAUCAAGUAUUAUCUCUCUUCCAUAUUGUUCAGGGGCUCUUCCAUUUCAUAUUUUCAUUUUCAUAUUUCAUGUUCAAGAAAACAAAACAAGUAAAUAACCCCAGUAUAGCCAAAUACAUAAAACUGUCAUCUCAACACUUUAAAUUUGACUAGUUCUUAUCAAAUUAUUUCAUUUUAUAAUGAAGACUUGUUGCAUUUCUUGUGUAUUUUUGUUAGUUUAUUUGUACAGCUGUAAGAAUAUCUUGUGUAUAGUUGUCUCAUGAAAGAUGUAUAUGUCUGAAACCUGUUAAUAAAUAUUCACAAAGUU